AGGGCUCUGCUCGCAGGGAUCGGGGGCUGAGAGCCUCGCCCCCGCCUCGCCUCCGGCCCCUGCCUGGAGUAGCCGCGCGCCUGCGGACCCGCGCCAGCGGACACCCCGCGCGGAGCCAUACGCCGCCCUCCUUCGCCCAUCCAACACCCAGAGGAUUCGGGCCCCCCAGCUUGUUCAGGGGCGGGGUACGGAGAACUGGGAGAGCAGAUUUGCCCUAGGUUGUCUUCGUGGACCUCCUUCCAACAGCCCCCUUUCAAGAAGUCCUCACGUUAAUCGAGAGUUCCCCUAUUAGGCGAACGCUGACUGAGUGCUCUGGGCCAGGCAUGGGGCUGGCUCUGAGGAUCUGGAGACCUCCCUGAGGAGCUCGCCAAGGAGCUGACCCCAGACAGCAGGGAAGACUGGGAAAGGGUUGGAGCUGAGUCUGAUGGCCGAGACACUGGAGUCAGAGCUUCCCAAAGAAGAAGCUUUUGUGUGGGAAGAUCAGUGGUGUUCUCUCUAUUUUUUUUCUCUUGGUCUUAAGUUCUGAGAGCCAAUCUAAUAGCACCACUUGGAGCCAGGUGGACUCGAGAUGGGCUCUGAGACUUCCCCAUAGCAGGGCUUUUCUGCACUCCCAGGAAAAUGGGGAACCAGGGACUUCCUGACAUCUUGGAGAGAAAUCACACUUGUCUUCAAAGGAAUUAAAAUCUUACCGACAUCAUUCGUCCUGUAUCCAAGAGAACCCUCUCCUGGGAAAGUAUAAGGAAAAGAAAAGAAAAAGAAAAUACACCCUUACCUCUGCCCCUGCAACACCAAAGCCACCCAUCCCGUGGAUAGGCAGUGGGUCGUCGAAUGGCUUAUGCUGAGGAGCAGGGAGGUAUCCCGUGUGGUUUCAUCCGCCAGAAUUCCAGCAACUCCAUUUCCUUGGACUUUGAGCCCGACACGGAGUUCCAGUUUGUGGAGCAAUUAGAGGAGCGCUACAAAUGUGCCUUCUGCCACUCCGUGCUGCACAACCCCCACCAGACGGGCUGUGGGCACCGCUUCUGCCAGCAGUGCAUCGUGUCCCUGAGAGAAUUAAAUGCAGUCCCACUCUGUCCUGUAGAUAAGGAGGUUAUCAGAUCUCAGGAGGUGUUCAAAGACAAUUGCUGCAAAAGGGAAGUCCUCAAUUUAUAUGUGUAUUGCAAAAAUGCUCCUGGUUGUAAUGCCAAGAUUAUUCUGGGACGAUACCAGGACCACCUCCAACAGUGCCUAUUUCAAGCUGUGCAGUGUUCUAAUGAGAACUGUCAGGAACAAGUCCUUCGGAAAGAUCUGAAAGAACAUUUGAGUGCACGUUGCCAUUUUCGAGAGGAAAAAUGCCUUUAUUGCAAAAAAGAUGUGGUAGUAAUCUAUCUACAGAAUCAUGAGGAAAACUUGUGUCCCGAGUACCCAGUAUCUUGUCCUAACAGGUGUUUGCAGAUUAUUCCAAGAACUGAGGUGGAUGAACACCUCGCUGUGUGUCCUGAAGCUGAACAAGACUGUCCUUUUAAGCACUAUGGCUGUACUGUAAAGGCUAAACGGGGAAACCUGCAGGAGCAUGAGCAUUCAGCCUUACGGGACCACAUGCUUCUGGUUCUAGAAAAGAACUUCCAAUUAGAAGAACAGAUUUCUGAUUUAUAUAAGAGCCUAGAGCAGAAAGAGAGUAAAAUCCAGCAGCUAGCAGAAACUGUAAAGAAAUUCGAAAAGGAGUUCAAGCAGUUUGCACAGCUGUUCGGCAAAAAUGGAAGCUUCCUCUCAAACAUCCAGGCUCUCGCCAGUCACAUUGACAAGUCAGCUUGGCUAGAAGCUCAAGUGCGUCAGUUAUUACAAAUGGCUAACCAGCAACAAAAUAAAUUUGAUCUGAGGCCUUUGGUGGAAGCGAUCGAUACAGUGAAACAGAAAAUUACCCUGCUAGAAACCAAUGAUCAGAGACUAGUGGUUUUGGAAGGAGAGACUAACAAACAUGAUGCCCACAUUAAUAUCCAUAAAGCCCAACUGAAUAAAAAUGAAGAGCGAUUUAAGCUGCUGGAAGGAGCCUGCUAUAAUGGAAAGCUCAUCUGGAAGGUGACGGACUAUAAGAUGAAGAAGAGAGAGGCACAGGACGGGCACACAGUGUCCAUCUUCAGCCAGCCUUUCUAUACCAGCCGGUGCGGCUACCGGCUCUGUGCUAGAGCAUACCUGAACGGGGACGGGUCUGGGAAAGGGACGCACCUGUCACUGUACUUCGUGGUCAUGAGAGGGGAGUUUGACUCCCUGUUGCAGUGGCCGUUCAGGCAGAGGGUGACCCUGAUGCUUUUGGACCAGAGUGGCAAAAAGAACCACAUUAUGGAGACCUUCAAGGCUGACCCCAGCAGCAGUAGCUUUAAAAGACCCGACGGGGAGAUGAACAUUGCGUCUGGCUGCCCCCGCUUCGUGGCUCACUCCACUUUGGAGAAUGCCAAGAACACCUACAUUAAAGAUGACACCGUGUUCCUGAAAGUGGCUGUGGAUCUAACUGACCUGGAGGACCUCUAGUCCCUGUUUCUGGGGUGAGGGAAGGGCGUGUUGGGCCCAGAACCAUGGAGAAGGACACCUGUGAUUAUCAUAUGGAUAGACUUAGAGCUCAGUACACAUUUGUAGUUGGCUUUUUGCCCCUGGUGUUUGAAGUCCGUUUAAAACUUCUCAAGUGCUAUCAUCUUUUUACAUUUUACUCUGUCCCAGUUUGAAACUUAAAACACUUAGACUAUCCUCUCAUUAUUUAUAUUUUUAUAUCUCUUAAAAAGAUGUUAAGUUUCUUGAAAGCAAGGUCUGGGGCCUGUCAUUUUUACUGGUGCUUGGCAUAGUGUCUCAGGGUAGGCACUGUGUGAAAUGUUAUUGAGGACACAGAGGAAGAAUUGAAAAUGCUUCAGCAUUUUAUUAUUUGGCCUGCUGAUUCUCGACCUGAUCGUAAGCCUAUAAAAGCCAUCUUUCAGGAUAGGCUGUCCCAAUUACAUAGUUGGAUGGUGUACUUUCAAAGACAGUAUGCCCAGUUUGGACCAGACUUUAUUUGGUCAAAUGCUUAAUUUGUGGAAAUUACUAUACCUCUAAAUAUUUUCAUUAAAAAUCAGGCAGCAAGUACAGUUUUGCAAGGCUGCAUUAGAACUGGUGAAUAGAGAAAGAUUUUCAUUCUUCCUGUUGAAGUAAACAGAAAAUAUUGCGUGGUGUGUGUGUGUGUGUGUGUGUGUGUGUGUAUAGAAAGGGAUACAGUAUAUACAUAUAUAUAUGGAGAUAUAGCCAUCCAACUAAAGUUCAUAUUUUAUUAGGUUCAACCAUGUGAAAAAACUACUUUCAUACAUCAGAAAAUGUCAAGUAUUAACAGUUUCAUGAGGUUCAAUUUAGUACUUGUAUAUGUAUACACCUAGUUUGAAGGUAUUUUUGGUAAUAAUAGUAAUGUGAGGAUGGGCAGAAUUUAGCAUAUGAAUGAGAAAAUGUCAUAAAUGGAUAAGAGAAAUUUGAAACUUAGGGAGAACACCAUUUUUAUUCCUAUGGUAUCAAAAGUAUUCUCAUCCCAAACUGAUUGCAAAACAGUAUCUCCUAUUCUUUUUGAGAGAACUUUUGAAUUCACAGAUUGGUAUGAAAAUUUAUAUAAACUUGUGACUUAUCGAAGUGUGAGUACUUUGUGAAAACAGAAAUGAUUAUAUUCUUAUGCAUCUAUCUGUGUGGGUCUCUAUACAGCCAGUUUCAGUUCACAGUGCCAGUCUCGAAUGCAAGUAAACAGAACAGACAGCCACACACCCUUUGCCUGGUCCCUUGGACAAUCAGUCCAACUACCUCUUUUCUCUUAGAAAGUGGUUGGAGACAGGGGUCUU